AUGUCUGCAACGAACCGUAGCCUCGUUAGCAAUCGGGAUGAGACCAAAAGAAAAAAAAACGCUCUCUCCCUUUCCACCUCUCCCUCUUUCCACCAUUCCUUCUUCCCGCCUCUCCCUCUUUCCCCCUUUCCCUGCAUCUCACUCUUUCCAUCAUUCCUUCUUCCCACCCCUCCCUCUUUCCACCUCUCCCUCUUUCCACCAUUCCUUCUUCCCACCUCUCCCUCUUUCCACCAUUCCUUCUUCCCAUCUCUCUCUCUUUCCACCAUUCUUUCUUCCCAUCUCUCCCUCUUUCUACCAUUCCUUUUCCCGCCUCUCCCUCUUUCCAUCUCUCCGUCUAUACGCAUCUCCCUCUUUCCACUUCUCCGUCUUCCCACCUCUCCCUCUUUCCAACAUUCCUCCUUCCCGCCUCUCCCUCUUUCCACCUCUCCGUCUUUCCACUUAUCCCUCUUUCUACCAUUCCUCCUUCCCGCUUCUCCCUCUUUCCAAUAUUUCUUCUUCCCCCUCUCCCUCUUUCCACCAUUCCUUCUUCCUACUUCUUCCUUUUUCCACGAUCCCUUCUUCUCACCUCUCCCUCUUUCCACCUCUUUGUGA